CCUCGUCCGCCAGGGUGAGCGGGGCUGGUGGGUUGGUGUUUUCCUCUACAAACAGGACGCCAAGGCCUGGAAUGCCACCGCUGUCUGCAUCUUUGGGAUGGAGGAGAUGAAGGAACAAGCCUGUGCGUCCACGCACUUUGUCAUGAAUGGGAAGAGCUGUGAGGCACGAUCUAUCAAGAAAUUACCUACCUUGAUUCACUCUGGUUUAGUGGCUGUUUAUGGCACGGUUGUUUUGAAUCAGAUAGUUCUUUUUUUGGGAACAGAUGAUGGACAGUUACUGAAGGCUAUUCUUAAUGAGGAUAUGGAGUCUAAUUGCCCAGAGAUUUUAUAUGAAAUUAAGGAAGAAACCUCCAUUUUUCCCAAACUUCGACUUGAUCCAAUAGAUAACAACUACAUCUAUCUGUCCUCUGCCAAUAAGGUGAGAAGAAUACCAGUUGCAAAUUGCAGUAGAUAUGUUUCCGAGCAAGAAUGCUUAUCUGUAAAGGAUCCGUACUGUGGGUGGUGUUCUUUGACUCAAAGGUGCACAUUAAAAGAAAAUUGUACACGUUCAAACAGCAUAAAGGGUUGGUAUAAUAUUUCACAUGCACCUGAUAAAGAUCUGAAAAUCCUGCUAAGUUUCCCUGCCAAAAAUCAGGUUGCUAUGGCUGCAAGCACAAGCAAAAUCCUUACUUCCUGUAUGAUAAAGAUUAUAACACCUGCUGAAAUAUUUUAUGAAAAUGUAGUACUGAAAAACUCAUCCUGUUUCUGCAAUCUAACCACUCUCAUGAUAACUGAUAAUGCUGCUCACAAUGUGUACACAAGGGUGAAUGUGCCAGCUGUAAAUGGACGCGUGUCUCUCCUGCCACCACCUGCCAGUUGUAAUGCAGCUGCUUCCAAGGGGAUCACCACUGCGCAGAGAACAGAGCAUAUCAGCAUUCAUUCCAUUGAACCUUUGUGGAUUUCUACAUUAGGCAAAAGUGAAAUAACAGUCAAAGGAGAAAACUUUACACGAGCAUCAGGCAUAAAACUGAUACUGACUGGAAUCACCGGCUGUAAACCAGACAUCAUUAAAGUUAGAAAUGUGCUAAACGAUACACAAAUGACAUUUGCUCUCCCACCAACACGUAAAGAGGCCAAAAGUAUAUGUAUACAGGCUAAUGGGAAAAAAUGCUCACCACCAGUGACCCUGCAUUAUGUCUCACCACCAUCAUGUCUUGGAAUCACACCAAAUACCUCCUGGAUCAGUGGUGGUCGUAAAAUUACUACGAUUGGUAGAAAUUUUAAUGUCGUGGACAGUGUGAUUAUUUCAGAUGACCAGAGAUCAAACCUUACUGUCUCUAGGUGUCCUGGAAAUGAAUCUGAAUAUCAUUACUUAACGCCAAGCCUGAGCCAUGCAACAGAGGGUAAAGUUGUUGAUAUGAUGUUAAAAGUGGAAACUACCUUUAUACCAUGUGUCAAAUUACACUAUCACCCUGACCCAGUGUUCAUUAACUACCAGCUGCACACUGAGCUUGAUCCUGAUCUGGAAUUGAAAAUAUAUGUAAGUUUUAAAGUAAUAAAGUAUAAUUCCUUAAAAGAAAAUGACAAUUUGAAUAUUUCUAAGACUGAGGUAGAGGUUUAUCUGUCAUAUAUGAAUGGUGCGCAGACCAAAAAGAUAUGGUUCAGUGUCCAAAAUAUUACCAAAAAACCAGACCGUAGCACCAUACUGUGCAAAUUCAAAAGGGAAGGAACAGACAAGAUUGACUUUUCCACAGUGAAAGUUUUUGUCAAAUUAGGAAAUUUUGAGCAUGAAGUCAAACCAACAUCAUCACACAUAUAUUUGUAUGUUCUGAUUUUGCUGCCGAUUGUAGUGGGUGUCAUUAUAGCGGCAUUCAUAGUUACUAGAUACAAAUCCAAAGAGUUAACACGUAAACAGAGUCAGCAACUGGAACUGCUGGAAUAUGAGAUUCGGAAGGAAAUACGCGAGGGAUUUGCUGAACUGCAGAUGGAUGAAUUAGAUGUGGUGGAUAGCUUUGGAACUGUUCCCUUCCUUGACUACAAACACUUUGCUCUUAGAACUUUCUUUCCAGAGUCAGGAGGCUUUGCAUCCAUCUUCAGUGAAGACAUGCCACAGAGCAGAGACCAAACGAGCAAGGAUGAAAGCUUCAACAUGUUGCAUGCUUUAAUUUGUAACAAGAACUUUCUUGUUACUCUCAUUCACACCCUUGAAAAGCAGAAAAAUUUCUCUGUGAAAGACAGGUGCUUGUUUGCAUCCUUCUUGACCAUUGCACUACAAACUAAGCUGGUUUAUCUAACCCAUAUUUUGGAAGUGUUGACAAAGGACUUGAUGGAGCAAUCAAGCAAUGUGCAGCCUAAGCUCCUGCUCAGACGAACGGAAUCUGUGGUAGAAAAACUGCUGACAAACUGGAUGUCUGUCUGCCUGUCGGGAUUUCUCCGGGAGACAAUUGGUGAACCUUUCUAUUUGCUAGUGACAACCCUCAAUCAGAGGAUAAACAAAGGACCUGUUGACGCAAUAACUUGCAAAGCCCUGUACACACUGAAUGAAGACUGGCUGCUGUGGCAAGUGUCUGAAUUCAAAACAGUGGUAUUAAACAUUAUCUUUGAAAAAAUCCCAGAAAAUGAGAGUGGAGAUGCCUGUCAGACGAUCCAAGUUAAUGUUCUGGACUGCGACACCAUUGGCCAAGCCAAGGAAAAGAGCCUUCAGGCUUUCCUUAAUAAGAAUGGCUUUCUCUAUGGUCUUCAGCUGGAUGAAAUUGGUCUAGAACUGGUGUCUGAGGAGCAGCAAAGAGAAUUGUUAGAUAUUGAUGGUUCCUCUGAGGUGAUGGAGGAUGGGAUAAGAAAGCUAAAUACCAUCGGUCAUUACGAGAUUUCAAACGGAGCCACCAUAAAAGUCUUUAAAAAGAAGGUGACUACCCGAUCAGAUGUGGACUACUCAGAUGAACACUGUCAUUUGAUUUUACCAGACUCCGAAGCAAACAAGGAUGUGAAAGGAGCAGGUCACAAGGGAAAGCAAAAAUUCAAAGUGAAAGAAAUGUAUCUGACAAAGCUUCUGUCAACCAAGGUUGCAAUUCAUUCUGUUGUUGAAAAGCUCUUCAGGAGCAUUUGGAGUUUACCCAACAAUAAAGCACCAGUUGCCAUCAAGUACUUUUUUGACUUUCUGGAUGCCCAGGCUGAGAGCAAAAAAAUUACUGACCCUGAUGUGGUCCACAUAUGGAAAACCAACAGUCUUCCUCUUCGCUUCUGGGUGAACAUACUGAAGAAUCCCCAGUUUGUCUUUGAUAUUAAGAAGACUUCACAUAUAGAUGGCUGUUUGUCUGUAAUCGCACAAGCUUUCAUGGAUGCCUUUUCUCUAGCUGAACAGACACUGGGGAAGGAAGCACCAACAAAUAAACUUCUCUACGCUAAGGACAUUCCACACUACAAGGAAGAGGUGAAAGCAUACUAUAAAGCCAUCAGGGAUCUGCCUCCACUGACCACUUCAGAGGUUGAGGAAUUUCUAACUCAGGAAUCUAAGAAACAUGAAAAUGAAUUUAAUGAGAAUGUGGCCUUGAAUGAAAUCUACAGAUACAUAGCAAAAUACCAUGAGGAGAUUGACAGCAAACUCGAGCGAGAACGGGGGCUUGAAGAUGUCCAGAAACAGCUCCGGCAAGUAAAAGCCUUAUUUGAUGAAAAGAAAAAAUGCAAAUGGAUUUGAGCAGAGCUCUGACUCACAGCGUUGCUGUGGGGGAUUUUAAAUAAGCGCUAUUGCUCCC